AUGUCUGCCGAGCGAGUACCUACUGGGGAAUUUGUAUCAACAAAUGUACGGAGAAAAGCCCAGCAAAGUACCGGAGCAGAUACUUUUACCAAUAUGUCGGGCAAAGAGCAAGAUUCGGAUAUACUAUCCGACGAUGACAAUUCGGAUCGAUCUGUGUAUUUGGAAUAUUGCGGAUGUGAUCCAACGGAUACAAGUAAAACAAACAUUUACAAAGAACGAUUAAAGUCAAUAUUUGGAAAAGUUAAUCCACCUGGACAGUUUUGUGGAGGUGAUCGCUUUAUUUGUAAAGAUGUCUCCAUUCCUCAAUUACAUAUCGUGGGAGUAAAAGAUCAGCUUGUGCUACCAUUACAAAUACCUUACGCGCAAUUGAUUAUUGAAAAAUGUUCACUUGCACCAUUUGGAAGACAAUAUCAAACAAUUUUGGAUAAAACGAUUCGUAAUACGUGGCAGUUGGAUCCACUAUCGUUUAGAAUAAGAAAUCCACAAUGGUCAACUCUUAUAUUAUCUGGAUUAAAAUCUCAAAUACUGAAAGAUUUAGGUUUCAUUUCUGAUUAUCCAAUCGAUUUACAGCUUUAUAAAUUGUUAUUAUACGAAAAAGGAAGUUUUUUUAAAUCACAUCGUGAUAGUGAAAAAGUGCGAGGAAUGUUUGCCACAUUGGUUGUGCUUCUCCCAUCAUCGUAUAGCGGUGGUGAAUUUAUUAUUCGACACAAUAAAGUUGAACGUAAAUUUGAUUUUUCCGGAGCUGAAAGACAAAAUGAUUAUCAUUACAUUGUGUUUUAUGCUGGUUGUGAACAUGAAAUACGGCCAAUCCACAGUGGUUAUCGUUUAGCUUUGAUUUAUAAUGUCAUUUCAUGUUCAACCACUAUUCCCUCACACGCAACAAUAUUUGAUAAAACACUUGUUCAAGAUCUUUCUCACUUAUUGAAAAUGUGGGCUUCUGAUGUUGAUAGUCCAUCAAAAUUAGUUAUUAGACUCGAUCAUCAGUACACGAAAGCGAAUGGUGUUACAUUAUUAUCAUUGAAAAAUAAGGAUCGUGUUCUAGUCAAUUUAUUGCUACAAGCAAUAGAGUGUUCCAAAGAAGACGAUAGUGCUUGUCAACAAUCGUAUCCGUAUGAUGAAUUUAUAUUGGGUUUGGGAUUAUUAACGCGCUAUUUAGAUAGACAUGAAGAGUUAUAUAGGUAUAUUGAUGAUGAAGAAGCACUAAACCAAGAUAGAAGAAACGUACAAAAUUAUAUUAAAAAUUUCACACUUAUUAGUAAAAAUGAAACCAGUUUAACUAAAUUAACGAACUCCUGUGAUUUCGAUGAAACGAAAAAAAUUCCUGUGAAGAAUUGUGAAUUAUUAUACGACAAUACAUGGAAUUUACAACAUCCAGGCGAUUCCAAUCAACAUUAUACCGGUAUACAUUUUACAAGAGUUUUUGGCGUUUAG